CACACUUGCAAUGUGAGAAGUAUCAAAAGGUGAUAGUAUAUUCCUUUUCACAAAGGUGGCAAAUUCUUUUUACUGUGACUAUUGCAAGUGGAAACACACCCUUUGUCAACACAUUUCCAUGUUUCAUCUUAUCUACAAGUUUACCAUAGCAACAACUGAUAAGGGUCAGAGUCCGCUUUUAUUUGUUAGGAAGUGAAUUCAGCAAGUCAUUCUCACUAGGAGAAAUGGCGCAGGCAGGAGUUCAGCUGGAUCGGGAAAGGUUCUCCUGUUCCAUCUGUUGGGAUCUAUUGAAGGAUCCGGUGACUACAUCCUGUGGACACAGCUACUGCAUGAGCUGUAUUAAAGACCACUGGGAUGGAGAGGACCAGAAGGGAAUCCACAGCUGUCCACAGUGCAGGAAGACUUUCAAUCGCAGACCUGACCUCCAGAAAAACACCCUGUUAGCAGAGUUAGUGGAGGACCUGAAGAAGACUGGACUCCGACAUAUCUUCUGUCGUACUGAUCAGCAGUCCAUCUGUUAUCUCUGCACUAUGGAUGAACAUAAAGGCCAUGAAACAGUGCCGACUGCAGCAGAAAGGGCUGAGAAGCAGAAGGAGCUCCAGGUGAGGCAACAACAAAUCCAGCACAGAAUCCAGAACAGAGAGAAAGAUAUGAAGCUGCUUCAACAGGAGGUGAAGGUCAUCAAUGUCUCUGCUGAUAAAACAGUGGAGGACAAUGAGAAGAUCUUCACUGAGCUGAUCCGUCUCCUCCAGAAAAGAAGCUCUGAGGUGAAGCAGCAGAUCAGAUYYCAGSARRAAACYGAAGUGAGUCGAGUCAAAGAUGUUCAGGAGAAGCUGGAGCAGGAGAUCAGUGAGCUGAAGAGGAAAGACGCUGAGCUGGAGCAGCUCUCACACACAGAGGAUCACAACCAGUUUCUCCUCAACUACCCCUCAUUGUCAGCACUCAGUGAGUCGACACACUCAUCCAGCAUCGACGGUCGUCCUCUGAGACACUUUGAGGACGUGACAGCAGCUGUGUCAGAGCUCAGAGAUAAACUACAGGACAUCCUGAGGGACAUGUGGACAAAAGUCCCACUGACAGUCCCCCUGGUGGAUGUUGUCCAGUCAGAACCAGAACCUAAGACUAGAAAUGACUUCUUGAAAUAUUCAAAAAGAAUCACUCUGGACCCAAACACAGCAAACAACUUUCUGUUGUUAUCUGAGGGAAACAGGAAAGUGACUUUAGUGGAAGAAGACCAGUUUUAUUUUGAUCAUCCAGACAGAUUCACUAACUGCACUCAGAUCCUCAGCAGAGAGAGUCUGACUGGGCGCUGUUACUGGGAGGUGGAGUGGAGGGGGACGGAAGUGGAUUUAGCAGUUUCAUACAAGAACAUCAGCAGGUCGGAAGGUGACAGUGAUUUUCGAAACACAGACAAAUCUUGGACAUUAUAUUGUCACAGACAAAUUUACAUAUUUUAUCACAACAGAGUAGAAACUCGAGUGUCAGUUCCGGUUUCGUCCAAAGUAGGAGUGUAUCUGGAUCACAGAGCCGGUGUUCUGUCUUUCUACCGCGUCUCUGGAACCAUGACUCUCCUCCACAGAGUCCAGACCUGCUUCACUCAGCCGCUGCAUGCUGGAGUUGGGUUUUAUAGUUAUGGGGACUCUGCUAAGUUUAUUGAACUAUAACGGACAGAAGUGAUCAGAGGUCUCCGUCAUUGUUGCUAAGUGCUCAGUGUUUGGCCAUUUCCUCUCUGCUCAGAGAUCAGUUGUCUUUAGGGAGCCACUUUGUCUUUUCUUGAUCUUGGGUUUAGAUUGAGUGCUGCCCCCUUCUGUUUCUGUUCAGCAGCUACCACUGCUCCAGAGGGUUUAUUCACUUGAAUUCAUUUUAUUUGUUUACUGUACAACUAAAAACCAAGUAGAGAAAACUAACAACUAAGAUAAAAGUAGUUCAGUUAUUUAUUGAUUUCUCAGACCAAAUGUUAUUGUUGGAGCUGGGAUGAUCAAAAGAAACAUUCAGAUUCAAACAAUGAAUUUAUUGAAUUUCUGCAUAAAUUUGUUGUAUGUGAGUUCACCAACAGAUUCAUUACUAUGUUCAAAGUUAAAGUCA